AUGGUGCUCGUUGGAGAUACUUAUGAUCUCUUGUCGAAUCAUCCCCAAGUCAACCAAACACAAUCUGUCACUGGAGCGCUUUCUCUACAGAUCCUAGCCGAAACGAAAUUAUUUAACGAGUUGCACCUACAAACACCCGCGAACUUCCGACUACUACUAGACGGAGCAUCAGUGAUGCCCAACUUCUUCUUGAAAACAAUCUCUAAGAGCCGUGAGAAGCCUUUAAGGUUAUCGAGGUACUAUAAUUCGAGAGAGUUAUUGGGCGAGGCUUUGAAAACUCAGUCUGUUAUAGACCUUGGCCACCCAUAUAAUCUGAGCUCAGGUCAUAUUUUUCAUAUCUUGAAAAGAGCAAUGGGCUCUUCAAACCGAGGAAAUUUCACUGCGUUGAGUCUGUGCGCCAAUAACUUAAUCAGCCCGGAUGCCCUUGAAACGAUUCUCGCUGCGUUGCCAAAUCUCGAAGAUAUCUACCUGCUGGACACUUCUGGGAUACCACUUUGGAAAAAGAUGCAGGUUUUCCAGGGAACAAAGGUAUCGGGCUUACAUGAUUCGGAGUUAUAUUCCAUGGCUUUCAAGCCAGCCACGGGUGGUCUUGGCUACAACCAUAUUGACCCACCACACUUUCUGGUUUCUCAAGUCAUUUACGUACUAUCAUCUGAUGAAAAUAUAUCGGGCUUGAGUUCCAGGAGCGAAACUGUUUCCUGGCCAUUUAAGGAAGGUGUGUAUGCUCCAAGUCUCCGAGAGGUCAACCUCAAACUUCCGUUUCUCAUCAAUGGAUUUGCCAAUUUCCUUCGAGUACUCUCUAAUCCAGAUACGAAUCGGAGACAUGUAGCACAUGGCACGCGGAUUCUGGCGAAGACUAUGGCAAUAUCGGAGAUGGACGACGAGAUGAAAAUUGCACCAAUAGCUAAUAAUCUGUCCGAGUUCAACUUGACAAGAGAUGAGAAGAAGGGCGAUACUUGGGUAAACUCUGCCCGACAGGAGCCCAGGGCAACUCCUCUAGGUAAAUGGAAUCUAGUGGUUAUUUCCCAGCCGUACAAGCAGUUCCCAGAAGCAGUCAAGCAUUCUUUCCGUCAUAAAUACGCAUUUACCAAGGCGAAAGAAGACGGUACACAUGCCGAGGCGAGCGCCGGUCAGGAACGUACAAGUUAUGUCGCAUUUGUCGAGAACUAUGAGCCGCAAUUAGUCGUGAAUGACAUUGAUCAGUUUCUUCAACAGGCUGUUACAGGCGAGGAAGACGACAGGAUUACAGAAAGAGCACGAGAUUUCUGGAAGAGAGGUACUGCCCCUCUGGAUUUGCAGAGAUGCAGCGAGGCGGAAGUAGAAGUAAUUGCAAAAGAGGCCAAACUUUUAUUUAGGAUUAAAGAUGACAACGGUAGGGUAAUGUUGAAAGUUCUUGAGCAGGAGACUUAG